CUCCGGCUGCAUACUCGUAGGGAUGCCAGGUCUGCUUUCUCAGCCUCUUUCUUGAGCCUUCUUUCGAGUGCUUUACCUCCGUUCAUAGCAUGACAUGAUCAGUUUUAUAGUCUAUGCUGCGAAACAAACUACUGAAAUGUGUCUCCACCCGAUGCCCCUCUUCUUUUUUCUGAACAAUUAUCCGUUCGUGUUGGAUAUAGUCACCGUCUUUAUUACAUUGUUUCUCUUGACGGGAAAACAUUUUGUACCCCGUUUAAGCUGCGCAUACGAUUGGGAUAGUCUGUCACGUUGGCUAAACGACAUUUAAUUUGUUUACCUGGACAAAUAAUAACGUCGUAACCAAAUAAAGCAUGGAAAGAAUCUGCAAGAUGUCGUGUGCGUUAGUAGAUGUCGAGUCCUCGUUGAAAAGGUGAAUGCAAGCUAAGCUUCAAUCUGGAUUAGGCAGAGUACAUAGGGCAUCUUGUAGAGGGGGGAAUAUAGUGUGUUUAGGUUGAACUGAAGCAUAUUGAGAGCUUUGAGCAGUCAUCACAAUAGAUUUUUAAGUCCUGGACACAAAUUGAGAAUGGAUCUGCAACUCCUAUUGAAUUUCAAUUGAUGAGGAGGUCGAAUUCUCAAGUCAUUUGAGGUGAGUAAAGAAAUUUACGAGUUUUUAUCUACCUGAUCGGUAUGAUAUUAAUUACAAAAUGAACACAUUAGAUUUUUCAUUAAGCUUGUCAUUCGAUUAUGGUGUCUGAAUGAUUAGAUUAACUUAUAUGAUAUGCAAUGCCUUUUUGAGUUUCGACUCACCUGCUAGGGCAGGAGGCCGACAGGUUUGACAGCCAGAUUCCGGCAUUUAAAGAGUAAUUUGAUGGGUGAGUUCUUUCUUGGUAAAUCAUAUUUAGAAAAUUGAUUAUGAAAACGAGUUUGUAGCUAGAGUUCCGCCCCUACUUCCUCGAAAAUCUUGAAAGGGAAUCCCGAAAUUUGUUUUUGGGUACUACUUUUCUCUCUUACGAGUUAUGUAUUGUAACUUACGUGCUAUUCUAUAUCCCUGUGAAUCUAGGAGCUUUUAUUGCUUGAUUUUACCUCACGCUUACGCGUGGUUUGUCUAAGUCGAUAACUGAACCCACUUUUUGAAUCUCUUGCAUGAAGUUGUGUAUAGUUUUACUUUCUUGCUGUUUCAGUCUCGGGGGCACAUUACCAACUAGUUCUUACUGACUGAGAUGGAUAGAGAUUUGCAAUCCCUUCGGGAUACCUUUGCUACAUUGCAGAGCCUACUUGAAGCCCCUGCAGGAGCAGAACAAAUUGACCUCAAUGUACCUAGAGAAACAAACGGGCCAAUCUUCGAUACCCCCUUUUAUAUUGGAGAUUCUGGCUCCUCCUCCUUAUCAAGUAACUUAUCUUUGCACGACACUAUGGAUGAUCUGCUGUCUGCAGAAGGGAGGGAAGCGCACAUGUGUGGCAGGAAAAGGCUAAAGAAUGUUGGAAACUUUACGGGCAAGCUACCUGGUUUGAAUGGGAAUAUGGAGGAUAUGUUGGUUGGACAGAGAAGGGAAGUGUUUAGCAGGAGGAGAGCAAAUGCUGUAAAGAUUACAGGCUGGCAACCAGAUUUGAAUGUGAAUGUUGGUGAUGAUCCACAUUCGGACAUUAAACCCUGUCAUUGAAUUGAAUGUUAUAAGUUUUCUAAUAUAGCUUCUUCUGUUUCUGUCAGUCUUGCGACAUAGGGGAAAGCCAAAUGCCUGUCCAACAUGACUCUCGCAGGGACUAUCAACAAUCUGGAAAGCGGUUACUUUACCGUGAAGGUGGCCAAAAUGACGGUGUUAUACCAAAGCCUCUGAGUUUGAAUAGAGCAUUAGGAAAUGUGACGGGUGCUGCAACUGUUGCCGUUGAAUAUUCUGCAGAACGCAGCGUUCUAAACACAAACAGGCCUGCUUCCUCCGGGGCAAAGAUGUCUCACAUUAUACAAAUGAAGUGCCCGGAGGCACUUAACAUGAUCAAGAGACUGAUAGACGAAAAAGGCCACGAAAUCAUGCCUUUUUCGUUGAGCGCAUGGAGGCAGAUCGUGAGCUCCGCUUACAGGAUGAAUGUAUCCGGAACUAAUAUCCUGAAUUUUCAAAAAAUUUAUCAACGGCUGGAUCAAAGAGACUACUACGGAGUUCUUGAUUUUGUGGCGGAUGUCCAGUUAACGUUUAAAUGCGUAGCAGAUCAGUAUCCGCUCUAUUCCCCGACAAGGGAUGAAGUGCAGAAAGUCGAAGUGUUGUUUUUCGACAUCAUGAAGAGAAUGUUCCGGGAUACAGAUUUCCAGCAGCUGCAAAACCAAGUUCAAAAUCUUGCCUAGCUAGGAUCCUUGUCAACACUGUGCGGAGAGAGCCGGGCCGGGUGAAAGGGUAAUCAACUGACAGAAACAAGGACAAAGCAAAUAAUGACAAAACGAGAGUGUGAAAAUCGCUAACCCUUUCUAAUGUGCGAGAUCUCCUACCGCAGCUGUUGUUCUGACCUAGGUUUCUUGCACUCCACGGCAUCACAGGAGGCCUGUGGGUUGGGGACUGGUGGGUGUUUACUUAGAAUGUUAGCUGGGUCAACACAGUGAUUGUUAGUUGAGUCAAGACACAGACUCGGUGAAAAUUGCUAGGAGAAAGACAAAUCAGUCUUCAAACAUUUCAAGCUUGUUCGAUACGGAAAUCAACGUACUUUUCACUCAGAUACUACAAAGAUCUGCAGUCUUAAAUCGAUUGUUCGUUACGUAAAACCAAUCAAAGUCGACGUGUUUUUAACGUCCACAACUAAUUGAUUGGGUUUGAAGCGUUCAAAUUUUGCACCAAGGGACCUGCAGAUAUCAUAUCAGAUGUCUCCAUGUACUAGAAGCCAACGGCAUCCUGCACUUACUUCGCCGCCGUGAAUGCAAGAACAAAACAGGGUGGUCCAAAGUUAUCUUACGAAUUCGUUCACUUUGACUUGUUCCCGCUGUCGCUCUACUUUUUUGGUUACUUUAAUGCUUAAAACAAUUACAUUUUGAUAUUCGUAAUGUCGACAGCGCUUUUAUUUUUGUUCGAUAAAAGUGAAGAGUGGUAGAAUUUGAAACCUUCACUCACAAAGCCCAAAAAAGGGAAGAAUAAAAUGAUAAGAAAAAGAAAUGUCAGAAGUGGGAUUUGAACCCACGCCCUCGUUAGAGGACCAGAACUUGAGUCUGGCGCCUUAGACCACUCGGCCAUCCUGACCUUGGUGUUAGCUGACCUUAACAAUAAUAUAACGUAAUGUGUUUUUAGAAAACCUAGAUGGUGCAUGUGAAUUUUAUUUAAUGAAAAAAAGUUACACCUAACUAGGAGGAAACAAACCUAAUCCCUUAUAAUAUAUAUAAAAAAAAAAGAUAAGAAAUACAUGAAAAAGAGAAGGGGAUUUAAACCUUACCAUUUUAGAAACAAAAACAACAAAAAUGCAAGGAAAAGAGGGGGGGGGGGACAUGAAACCUAUUCCCUCUAAAGUCGAACCUAAUAGUAUAAACCUACAAAACAGAUUGAGCUACAACACAAGGUUAAGAAAAAAAAAACAAGAAAGUAAGACAAA